AUGUCCUCGAGUUCAGUUAGUUCAGGUUGUAGUUUGACGAGAAAGUGCCUUUGUGGUGAUGAAGUUGUUUUGAAGCCUUCUGGAACUAAUUUGAAUCCUGGUAGGAGGUUUCUUGGGUGUCCUAAAUAUCCGGAUCCAAACCGUUGCAGUUUCUUCGAAUGGGUUGAUGAUCCCAUAUGCAAGCGUUGCAAGGCUGUUAUUCUGGAACAAAAGGAAACAAUAGGCAAGUUAUAUGACCAGAUUAAGUAUAUACGAGAGAAAGCCAACUUCUUUGAGGACAAAGCCAAGGAGUACGAGAAGAAGGCUCAAGAGUAUGAGGAUAAGGCAAAAGAGUUUGAUAACAUGACUUAA